CCUGAUGAUCGUCUGGAAAUAGUAGUAACAUUUGUUUACAUUUUACAAAACCAGUUCAUGACUCAGUCCAGCUUUUCCCCAAAUGAUCACACUUAUAGUGUGCUUUCAAAUGAUAUUUGUGCUAACGAGACAAUACCUGAACAUUUGAUCAAUUUCAAUACAAUUCUGACAGAUUUUCUGAAGGAGCAAGGCAUUCCAGGGGCUUCCCUGGCUCUUUGUCAGAAUGGACAUCUUGUUUACAGCCAAGGCUAUGGCAUGGCUGGAUGCAGCAGACGGGUGCAUUCUGCAUCUCAGUUCCGUGUCGCUAGCAUCAGCAAAACACUCACAGCUGCAUGUGUGCUUCAUUUGGUGGAACAAGGAAAGAUAACUCUUGAAGACAUUAUAUUUGGACCAAAGGGUAUCUUAAAACAAUUUAGACCCACCUCAAGGGGAGAUAAGCGCAUGUUGAAGAUCACUGUGCGUCAUCUACUUCAGCACUCCGCUGGUUGGGACCGCGACAAAGUCGGGGAUGCAGUCUUUUGGAAUCUCGAUAAAGUUAGCCCAUGGGUUGAUGCUACAAGUGAUGCAGCAAAUGAAAGGCUGGUCAAGUUCAUUAUGACCAAGAAACUGCAGUUUUCACCAGGAAAAAGGCAUUCAUAUUCUAACCUGGGAUACCUGAUCCUGGGUCUGGUUGUGACCGAAGUCACCGGGGUCACAUAUAACAGUUAUGUCACAUCACUGAUGGAACAAAUUGGGAUUACCACACUAAAAGUCGGAAAUACCAAAAAGGUGCUCAUUUCUCCAGAUGAGGUUGAAUAUUUUAAUAACCGAGAACCACAUGUUCAAAAGUCAAUUUUCCAAGGGGAGGGAACUGUGCUGCCACAGUAUGGAUCUUUCAGUAUGGAGAACACUUCAGCUUAUGGUGGAUGGGUCGCGUCUGCUUUGGACAUCAUCAAAAUGCUACACGCUCUGGACAGUUCUGACGGAUCUUCUUUGCUGACUCUGUCAUCAUUUGCUGAGAUGACCAAGGCUCCCAAAUACUCUGAUGGAACUGACUGGUAUGGACUGGGUAUUGAUGUGCAGGAUGGUGGCAAGUCUUGGGGUCAUACCGGGGCCAUGGAGGGAACGUCCUGCACCAUGAUGAGACACAAGAGUGGCAUCUCGUGGGUGUUCCUCAUGAAUGCCUGGUCGCGAGAUUCAGAUCUUGAUGGGUUAAUCAAGUUUGCUUUGAGCACAGUGGAGUGCUGGCCACUCUGGUAUCGUCUGCCAUCAUCUUCAUCUGAUAUGUUUGAAGUUCUGUCUGAAGACGGUCAACAGUUGGUGCAGUUACGACUUCCACACACAAAGCUGGAGGAAUACCUCAUCAUAAAAUCUUCUCGUGGCUUUGUUAUCAGGUGGAUUAACGCAUGCACAGACUGUGAUGAAGUGUAUUUUAAUAUAGUCAUGGAGAAAGACACCACAAUAUCCUACUUUAAGACUGAUGUGAGAAAUGAUGACCUUCAGAUGUAUAUAGAUGAAGCAUGGGAAAAAGCCUUUGUUCUUGGCUUUGCAGAAAUUUACCAAGUUCAUGACAAAUUACUACAUGUUUUAGUAUUCUAUCCUGGUUCAGUAAACAAAAAUAUAUUUUAUUCAUUAGUUGAAGCUAAAAGGUAUCUAGAAUUAAUUAAAACACAAAAGGAAUAUGGUUAUUAUGUUACUUUGCAGUCUGUAAUUUGUGUAUCAGGCAAAAUUUUAGUUUCUGCUAUAUUUAAAAAGAAUGAUGCUUUCUUUAGUAUUUCAUGGUUACAAAUAUUUCCAGAGGAUUUUGUUUUUGAAUUAAAGAAACAAAUAAAGGCCAAAAACAGAUUGUUGUAUGUAAAAUUCUUUUCUGUAAAUAGCGAGCCAUAUGUUAGUGGUGUCUGGUUGUCUGAUUUCCAUGGCAACUGUUACCAAAGAAACGGUUCCUCGGUGUAUGGGUUUUUGUAUGAACUGCGUAAUUCUGCUCUGCUGAACACCAGAGUUCAGUGUUUGUCAGCUUAUCAUGAUGAUGGGAUUACUAACUAUGCUGCAGUUUGGUCUGAAAACACUGCACUGUAACUUACAAUCCACCGUUAUAUGUUUAAAAUGAGUUUGGUUGUUGGUACAUCUCUUAAUUGUGUGUAAUCUAGGACAUUCUAAAUAUGGCUUGUAGUUAGUGAUUAUCUUACAUGUUUUUUGUGAUUUGUUAACUUUCGACUUUAAUGCCUUGUAGGGCAUUAGAUUAUUACUGUCAUUGUUGUUUUUAAUCUAUGGAUAAUGUAAUCAGUGAGGGUUUCUUUUUGUUGUUGUUGUUUUGGAACAAUACACAAUUUUGUGAAUUCUAAGUAUAUGUAUUAUGUUAAUUUGAGAGUUAAUAAAUCAGCACUUCC